AUGGAGUUCACUUUUUCCCAUACUGAACCUGGGAAAAUGAUGCGUUGUUCGUGUGUUAAAUGCAAUAACGUUUAUUUUCAAACUCAUGAUGAUGUGGAAACUCAUUUGUAUUACCAUGGUAUAGUUAAAGAUUACAUUACAUGGGUAUUUCAUGGGGAAGAGUUUGAGUUAAGCAACGACAAUGAUGAUGAUGAUGAGCCUGAUGAAGAAGAUGAAAAUGAUCACGAUGACAUACAAGAAAUGAUUUAUGAACAUUACACUGCGGCAACUGUGAAUGCUUGGGAAGGAGAGAAUUCGAACAUUACUGGGAAUUCCCAGUACCUGAUUGGGAAACAAAUAAAUUUAUGA